UGCGCUUGUUUCCGGCCGGACGGCCGAAAACCACCGAUCCUGAACCAGCCACCGGAGUCAGAGCUGCGACCGGGUGUGGAGUAGGCAAAAAGCCACUGGGGGAGGCCAGUCCGGAUCAGUCCCGUCUGGCUCCAGCUCCUGAUCCUGUGCGGAGCAACAGCCGCGGUCGCAGGCUCCGCCACCGCCUCCGCCGUCGUCGGGGGAGGGGCCGGCCGGACCCCGGGGUCACAGCAGAGGAAUGAGGAGAGGCGGCCGGGCCCCGCGCUCCGCCCCGGCCUAGGGCCUUGCCCCGGGAGCCGCGAGGCUGGGACUGCUAACUUCAGAGGAAUGUGGAUUCUUCAGAGGAAUGUGGAUUGGUGCCAGGCUGUCAGUCAGGGACAGAGAUUCUGCCAAAGUCAAGUCUGAAAGAAGAGAUCUUUUUCAGGUGGAGGCCUGAAUUUUGAUCGAUGUCCUCCUUACAUCCACUGCCUGGAGGUACUUAAUGAUCUCAUGACCCUGGACAUGGAUGCUGUCCUGUCGGACUUUGUUCGUUCCACAGGAGCUGAGCCAGGGCUGGCCCGAGACCUCCUAGAAGGAAAGAAUUGGGAUGUGAGCGCUGCCCUCAGUGAUUUUGAACAGCUACGUCAGGUCCAUGCCGGGAGCCUGCCCCAACCCUUUAGUGAAGGCAGCGGUACCUCCAGGACCCCAGAAAAGGGGUUUUCUGAUAGAGAGUCUGCUCGCCCUCCCCGACCUCCCCUGCAGCGGCAGGAUGACAUCGUUCAAGAAAAACGCCUGUCUAGGGGCAUCUCCCACGCCAGCUCCAGCAUUGUUUCCCUGGCCCGGUCCCAUGUCUCCUCCAAUGGUGGGGGUGGGGGGAGCAGUGAGCACCCCCUGGAAAUGCCCAUCUGUGCCUUCCAGCUUCCAGAUCUCACUGUGUACAAUGAAGACUUCCGCAGCUUCAUAGAGAGAGACCUCAUUGAACAGUCCAUGCUGGUCGCCUUGGAACAGGCAGGGCGCUUGAACUGGUGGGUGAGCGUGGACCCCACUUGUCAGAGGCUGCUUCCUUUAGCAACUACUGGAGAUGGAAACUGCCUUCUGCACGCAGCCUCUCUUGGGAUGUGGGGUUUCCACGAUCGGGACUUGAUGCUGCGGAAAGCUUUGUAUGCACUGAUGGAAAAGGGAGCCGAGAAGGAAGCGUUAAAACGACGCUGGAGGUGGCAGCAAACGCAGCAGAACAAGGAGUCAGGGCUGGUAUACACAGAGGAGGAAUGGCAGAAGGAGUGGAAUGAGCUGAUCAAGCUUGCCUCAAGUGAGCCCCGCAUGCAUCUAGGUACCAAUGGAGCCAACUGUGGUGGAGUGGAGAGUUCAGAGGAGCCUGUGUAUGAGAGUCUAGAAGAAUUCCACGUCUUCGUCCUCGCUCAUGUGCUCAGGAGGCCCAUAGUCGUUGUGGCAGACACCAUGCUGCGGGACUCCGGGGGAGAAGCAUUUGCUCCUAUUCCCUUCGGGGGAAUCUAUCUGCCCUUGGAGGUCCCAGCCAGCCAGUGUCACCGCUCCCCUCUGGUGCUCGCCUAUGAUCAGGCCCACUUCUCUGCGCUCGUGUCCAUGGAGCAGAAGGAGAAUGGCAAGGAACAAGCUGUGAUCCCGCUUACAGAUUCAGAGCAUAAACUGCUGCCCUUGCACUUUGCUGUGGACCCUGGAAAGAGCUGGGAGUGGGGCAAAGAUGACAGCGACAAUGUCCGAUUGGCCAGUGUGAUCCUGUCCCUAGAGGUCAAAUUGCACCUGUUGCACAGCUACAUGAAUGUGAAGUGGAUCCCAGUGUCCUCGGAUGCACAGGCUCCCCUGGCCCAGCCUGAGUCCCCUACAGCCUCAGCUGGAGAUGAGCCCCGGUCCACUCCCGAGUCCGGGGAGUCAGACAAAGAGUCGGUCGGCAGCAGUUCUGCCAGCAACGAGGGCAGCAAGCGGAAGGAGAAGUCAAAACGGGAUCGGGAGAAAGACAAGAAGAGGGCCGAUUCGGUGGCUAAUAAAUUGGGCAGCUUUGGCAAAACCCUGGGCAGUAAGCUCAAGAAGAACAUGGGAGGCCUGAUGCACAGCAAGGGCUCCAAGCCUGGGGGGAUGGGGACGGGGUCAGGGCUGAGCAGCGGCACUGAGACGCUGGAGAAGAAGAAGAAAAAUUCCCUGAAGAGCUGGAAGGGUGGCAAAGAGGAGGCCGCGGGGGAUGGGCCUGUGUCUGAGAAGCCCACCUCUGAGUCCGUGGGUAACGGAGGAAGCAAGUAUAGCCAGGAGGUGAUGCAGAGCCUGAGCAUCAUGAGGAUUGCGAUGCAAGGGGAGGGGAAGUUCAUUUUUGUUGGAACCCUGAAGAUGGGUCACCGUCACCAGUAUCAGGAGGAGAUGAUCCAGCGCUACCUGUCUGAUGCUGAGGAGAGAUUCCUGGCGGAGCAGAAACAGAAGGAGGCAGAGAGGAAGAUCCUGAAUGGAGGGGUGGGGAGUGGGCCUCCUCCAGCCAAAAAACCAGAGACAGAUGGUGGGGAGGAGCUGCUGACUGCCCCCCAAACAGAGUCCAAGGCGAUGGCAUUCUCUACUGGCUACCCUGGGGGCUAUACAAUCCCUCGGCCUUCUGGGGGCGGAGUUCACUGCCAGGAACCCCGGAGGCAGUUGGCAGGGGGUCCGUGUGGAGGGGGCCUUCCACCAUAUGCCACCUUCCCUAGACAGUGCCCUCCUGGGCGACCCUACCCCCAUCAGGACAGCAGCCUUUCUCUGGAGCCAGGCAGUCACUCCAAGGAUGGAGUCCACAGGGGUGUAUUGUUACCACCCCACUUCCGUGUUGCUGAUUCCUAUAGCAACGGCUUCCGAGAGCCCCCUGAGCCAGAUGGAUGGGCUGGAGGGCCCAGGGGGCUUCCCCCAACCCAGACCAAAUGCAAACAACCGAACUGCAGCUUCUAUGGACACCCCGAGACAAACAACUUCUGCUCCUGCUGUUACAGGGAAGAACUGAGGAGGCGGGAACGGGAACCGGGUGGGGAGCUCCUGGUGCACAGGUUCUGAGGGGGGGGGGCGAGUGGAGGGCAAGGGGGCUAAACAAAGAAAGUUAAGCUCAACUAAUUGGCUCAUCAAGACCCAGCCCCCGUGUUGCUGGGGCAACUGCAGUGAUGUUUGUGGGAGCCUGGCUGGAAACCUGCGUGUGUGUGCCCUGGAGGGCUGCCAGGCCGGCACCCCCAGGGCUGGACGAGUCCCUUGCACACCUUAAUAGGACUGAGGAGGUACAAGGGGGAAGGAUGGUGAUUCUGUCUCUUAACCCCUUGGGUCCAGCCCAGGACUAGAGGGAAAGCAGUAGGGGCAGGUGUGGGGUGGGGAGGUAGCAGACGUCUGGGGAAGGAACAGGCAAAGGUGGUUCUCAGUCAAUAAAGGAAAAAAACAGACCAAAGUUCUUUCAGGUUGGAAAAGAGCACAUGGUGGUGGAGUUGGGGUGUGGAGAGAAGCUGGGAAAUUGACACAUUUGCUGUUGAUUUGAAUUAAGAUAGAGAUUAGUUUGGAUAUUCUCCUGAAUAAUCUGGAGAGACAAGGCAGUAAUGUGUGCCUAUGGGUGCCUGUUAGAGGGGAGGGAGCUUCAAUCGGUUUAUUGUGAUGGGAAAGGGAAGAACUUAGAAGGGGAAUCCUUUUCCUCUUAGGUUUUAUUUCCUUCUAAAUACCGUCUGUCGUCUGUUCCAGUUCAAGAGAUUGCCGAUUGCCCCCGAUCAUCUCCUCAUCCUUUUUGAGGGCUGCGCUCAGCUAAGGUGGUUGUGAUUUUUUUAAAAAAGACUUUCAUUUUAUUUAAAAAAGGAAAAGGAAAAAGUGCCCUCUGGGGAAGGGAGGAGAGUGAUGAGAAGAGCAGCUGUGUGUGUGUGGAAUUUUCUCCAGGUGAAUCGGGGUGGAGGUGACCUUUUUUAACUACUUAGCAAUAACCACAUCUUGGCGCGGGAGCGCGCCUGGGGAGGGGUGGGAGGAGGACAGACCUUUGGCCAGACUGUUUCAGACAAAACCAAAAACCUAAAUCGAGCACUACCAUCCUCUGCUGCUGCAUUUCUGUAGAAAGCAACUUAUUUUUUUGACUUUUUUAAAGGAAAAGAAACAAAGACCCCAGCAAGCAAAAACGUUUUUAAAGAUAAUUUUUCCCCCUAUUUAAGUGAUUGUUUCUCCUUCCUCUCUACUUUUAGAGAAUGAACUUAACAUCCCGGCUUCUUUUGUUAAGCCAUAGCUGACCUUAAUCUGUGGUUAGUUUAUUAAAAUAAUAAAAAAAUACUUUGUAAGAAGAGAUAUUUUUGAUAAUAGGACUGAUGUUGAAACAUGGGGUAGGGGCUGGGGUGAUUUAUAAAAGGUAGGUAGAGAAAUCUAUUUUAGUGAACUAUAACCACAGAUCACAGAUGACUCCCGAUGAGCAGAUCUGUCUUCAGAGUUCCCCCUUCCCCUGACCCAGCUGUUCCCCCAGGGGGUGGGAGUGGGCCUGUGGACACAGUGGGGGAACGCUCCUUUGCAUUUUGCACAAAGCACAAGCCUGGACAGCCUACGCUCUGGCCAGCACCAUUUUUUAAGAGCUUUAAACCAGAGGACCUAUCCUGGGCCAAUUUUCCUUUCUUUCUCCCCCCCGGGAAAAAUAAAUCAACUAUGCAAUUUGUAUGCACUCCUGGGUACAUACACGGAAGGGGAGUAAGUGUACUUAAGUGUCCAGGUGUUAACUGGGGCUAUUUUUCUGUACUUGGAGGUAUGUACUUACAACCCAGCCCAUGGAAUGUAACCCCUACGUGUGAUCUAAGGCAGACACGGGCUGCGGGGGUGUGCUGGGGGACUCGUGUUCGCCAUAUGUCGUUUCUGCCCAAUCAGGAGAGUUGUCGCCCUGUUCCCCCAUUGGUAACAAAGCCACCAAGACUCCUUUUCCUUGGAACUGCUCACAUUUUAGAAAGGUUCCUUCCUCCUCAACAAACUUGGAAGUCACUUAUUUUCCAAAUCUCAUAGUCUGUUGAUUUAAUCAUUUCCCAUGGCUGUGAAUUCUUAAGCUUUUAUUUGAAAGUAGACGGGUUUUAAGGAAGCAAUGAGGUCAAAGGAGUUAGGCCCCAAAGGAGGGCGUGUGUGUAUUCUGGGCAGGGCUGGGACUAGUAUGAGACCAGCACUCCUCCCAGGGACGAAGCUUAAGAGGUACGCCAAAAACUCGGUAAUCAAAAUAAUGUUUUAAUGCAAUUUUUAAAAAAUGCAAAAAAUCCACAAUGAACAAAAUAUUAAAAUCUUAAAAGACAGGACUCCACAGGACUGGGAUUAGGGUGAGGGAAGGAAGGCGGAGAUGAGCAAGCAUGGGGUUGAAUCCUGUCUCUACUUCAGAUUGUGAUCCUUUGCUCACUGUGGUGUUUUUUUUUUUUUUUUUUAAGUUUUGAUUUUCAAAAAAUACUGCAUUAAAGUAGUAUCUUGGUUACUGGGUUUGGGGCACCAUUUAAAUUUUGUGCCCCAAACGAGUGCCUUUCUCACCUCGCCCUGUUUCUGGGGUUAGAACAACCCCUCCUCGUGAGGCCACCACCUUGUGGGCUUCCCUGCCCUAAUAUGCACCCACGGGUGCGCUAACUCUCAGCCUGAGCGUGCACAGCUCACCUGGCGUUCUCACGGGCGUCCGUGCUGUCAUGGGCUCUGGCCCGGGCCGGUGGGCGCGGAGCCAGGCCGGGGCUUCCCCAGAGAGUAGAGCAGGAAAGUGCUGGUUCUCCACUGGACUGCUGUGUUUGGGUUUGCUUUGUUACUAGUUCUAGGUUAUAUUUUUGUUUUAAAAAACUGAGGACAAAUGAACAAAAAUGGAAACCUUGUGUCAUGUUUGAUUUUUAUUUUGAUUUAUAAAUUAACAAUCCCAAUUUCUUCUGAUCUCUUUCAAAUAAAGAUGGAAAUUCUGGGCGUUGGCCUAGGUAUGAGUAUGGUAAACUAGGGCUCUAUUUAGGCCCUAUAGCUUUUUAAGAGAUAUUUUUCUUAAUUUGGUAAGGUAACUAUUGAGGCAUUAGAAACCUCUCCAUUCUAAGGACAAGGGACGCUGAUUCAAUGGAUGUUUUUCUAUAGGGAUGAGUAAGGUUUGUUUUGCUUCGUUCUUUGAGGAGGGUUGUGUGGGAGGGGGGAGCAGGUGAAGGAAUAUUGCCUGGGAAAUGACGUAGGGUUGGUUUGUGGUAUUUUGGGAAGGUGAGGGGGUGGAAGAGGCAAGCCCAUGCAAUUACUGUGUUGGGAGAGGGGAAACGUGAGGUACAUGCUGUGCACGCAAAAUGAGCAAAAAUACCUUAGUUAAGGAGAGGUCCGUGGGUGAAGGGGGGAGGCAGACCCCACAAGUCUGGGGGUGGGGGUAAUUGUCUCUCAGGCUUAAAGAAGUGCACUUAGUUCCUUUAGUCCAGGGUGCUGGGGUGCCGAGUGAGGUAUUUUACUGGAGAGGGGGGGUUUUCCCUUGCUGAUUUGAGACUGCUACCCCUCCACCCUAAUUCACCCCAAUCCUGAUGGAACAAGUAUACUACAAGCCUCCAAAAACCCUUAAUCUAUGCUGGUUUUAUUGAAGGUUACAAGAUUUAAUCAGAAGUUUUUCCCUCAUACAUACUGGAUUCUGUCAUUAAAAUAAAAAGAUUAUAUAUAUAUAUAUAUAUAUAUAUAUAUAUAUAUAUAUAUAUAUAUAUAUUUUUUUAAAGAUUCGAUCUCUUUGUGGAGUGGGCAUGUUGUUAAGCAGUGCUGUAGGGCCAGGAGGGGAGUACCUCCCCUCUUCUGUUGGCUCGGUUUCUUAGGCAAAACCAGAGCUCCCAGGCAAAACAGAAAUUAGCAGUGACUUCGUGUUGUGUAUUUGGGAGGUGAUGCCGAGCCAGAAAGAAUGAGGCUGGUUCCGAGUGACUUCUGAGAACCCAGCUUUUACCAUUGCUACUCCUUUCUGAACAGCCACGUGCCCAGCGUUUUCUUCUUCCUCAAUAAAGGAGCUUGAAACGAUUGUCCCUGAGUUACUCAGACACCUGUGGACUCGGUGUCUUCCCUCUCCACGAGUCAGUGCCCCAGACACAACCACGGGUGAGAAGACAGAAGCCCCUUCCCGACCUGGCGUCAUCUUCGCCCAGUUUUCUAGCGUCUUUUUCACGCCAGGCCCUUCAGCUGUAGAUUCAGGGAGUCACACAGGCAGUCUGCCUCCCUCUCUGGAGCUCCCCAGUCUGCAAGUCACAGGUUGUUUUGCCCCAUGUACUUAAGUUGAUGAACAAAAUAUUUAUUAUGAAGUCUCCCGUGUAGACGCUUUCCAGGGCACCUCCCUUCACUGGCCUCACGGGUAAGGGCCAGUAGGAACGGAAGCUGGCUGACGGUAGCAGAACUGACAGGAGUGGGGGUGGGGAGGACUUUGGCCUUUUUCUGGGCUUAUAAGGAUCUGUGACUCAUCUUCUGAGUCACUCAGCUCCACCUCCUCCAGCUGCCCCUCCCUGCAGCCUUCACUCCUGGCACAAAGCUGCAACCAGAUCAGGGUUCUGAAAAUGGAAAAAUCUGAUGCAGCCCCAUUGCCUCUCCACCCUUCCUUCCAUCCGCUGAGCCUCUGCUGGGGGUGUGUGGGGUGGUGAGGGGUGGUCCUGCUGUUACCCCUCGGCUGCUGACCCCACUGCAUUCCUGGUUGGGUACUAAUCCAAGUCAGGUGUUUGGGGUUCUUGUUUUGGUUUUUUGCCUUUGACUUCCCCCCAAUCCCCUGAUGUUUUUCUCUAUUCCUCUGCUGUUCCUUACCUCAAAGUAUUAAUAGGAUGAGGCUCUUGAAUGAAGGGUGGGGGGAGGAGGAAAGUGGACAAUGACAUUUUAAAACUGUGGUACACACCUCUUAUAUUGCAGCAGACCUUGGGAAGUAUGUUCUUCAGAGAUAAGAGGCCCACGGAAUGCAGGUGGGGCUGGCGGUGCUUAGUAGCUUUUGGGCCUCGAGAAUCAGGAGAAUCGGGCUCAGGGACCGUCCACCUUUGUAGCAGGUGCACGCCUCUUUGUUCCGGAUUGACUCCCUGCCUCACACACGUAUUUUCACUAUUUCCACAGUUGCAGCCAAGACAGGGAACUUUUAAAGCUGAGACCGGAAGGGUGUGUGUGCUGGGGGUUGGAGAGAAUAAAGUGACACUUUGGAAAACUGGGGCCCCACCUAAGGAUUGCUGUCUCUGUACAGACUCAAAAUCAAUAAAACAGCAGCUCGUUAA